AUGGGGUACUUGUUUUAUAUAGAAUUUGUUUUGUCAUUAAUUGGAAGUUUAUUAUUAGUAAUUUGUGUGUUAGUAAGUGUAGCUUUUUUAACUUUAUUAGAACGUAAAGUUUUAGGUUAUAUUCAAAUUCGUAAAGGUCCUAAUAAAGUUGGUUUAAUAGGAAUUCCUCAACCUUUUUGUGAUGCAAUUAAAUUAUUUACAAAAGAACAAACUUAUCCAUUAUUAUCUAAUUAUUUAAGAUAUUAUAUUUCUCCAAUUUUUUCUUUAUUUUUAUCUUUAUUUGUUUUAAUAUGUAUACCUUUUUUUGUUAAAUUGUAUUCUUUUAAUUUAGGAGGUUUAUUUUUUUUAUGUUGUACAAGAUUAGGUGUAUAUACUGUUAUAGUAGCUGGUUGAUCUUCAAAUUCUAAUUAUGCUUUAUUAGGAGGAUUACGAGCUGUAGCUCAAACUAUCUCAUAUGAAGUUAGAUUAGCUUUAAUUUUAUUAUUAAUUUUAUUUUUUAUUGGUAGAUAUAAUAUAAUUUAUUUUUUUAACUAUCAAAUUUAUAUAUGGUUUUUAAUUAUUUUAUUUCCUAUAGCUUUAGUUUGAUUAACUAUUUCUUUAGCUGAAACUAAUCGUACACCUUUUGAUUUUGCUGAAGGAGAAUCCGAAUUAGUUUCUGGGCUUAAUGUAGAAUAUAGAAGAGGAGGAUUUGCUUUAAUUUUUAUAGCUGAAUAUGCAAUAAUUUUAUUUAUAAGAAUAUUGUUUUGUGUAAUUUUUUUAUGAUGUGAUGUUUUUAAUUUAUUAUUUUAUGUUAAAUUAACUUUUAUUUCUUUUGUUUUUAUUUGAGCUCGUGGGACUGUACCUCGCUUUCGUUAUGAUAAAUUAAUAUAUUUAGCAUGAAAAUGUUUUU